UCCCCAGCACCCCGGAAAUACCCCCCAGCACCCCAAAAAUGCACCUGCACAGGGCGCGCCUCUACCUCGCUCAGGGCCACCCCGUGAACCCCCGGGAUUACUGCGGAUGGACCCCCCUGCACGAGGCCUGCAACCACGGGCACCUCGAGAUCGUGGAGGCUCUGCUGGACGCGGGGGCCGCCCUGGACGACGCGGGGGGCUCGGGCUGCGAGGGCAUCACCCCCCUGCACGACGCGCUGAGCUGCGGCCACUUCGCGGUGGCCGAGCUGCUGAUCCGCCGCGGCGCCUCCGUGCGCGCCCGCAACGCCAGGGGCCAGACCCCGCUGGGCACGCUGCAGGAGUGGGCGCGCACCUACGGCCCCGAGCUGGACCGCGACACGCGGCUGCAGUGCCGAGCCACGCAGAGGAUGCUGCUCGACGCCAUGGCUGCUCCAGGUGGGAUGAAACGACAUUCCCGGCAGCCAGGGGGUGCUGGGACCCCUCCUCCUGGUGAGACCCCUCCUCCUGGUGGGACCCCUCCUCCUGGUGAGACCCCUCCUCCUGGUGAGACCCCUCCUCCUGGUGAGACCCCUCCUCCUGGUGAGACCCCUCCUCCUGGUGGGACCCCUCCUCCUGGUGAGACCCCUCCUCCUGGUGGGACCCCUCCUCCUGGUGAGACCCCUCCUCCUGGUGGGACCCCUCCUCCUGAGCCGUCGCAGGAGUCGCUGUUCGACGCGGAGCUCUCCGAGCGCCUCAUCCCGGAGUCUCCGCCGUGCUCUCCGGAGCGUCCCGGGAAUGGGGAUGGGAAUGGGGAUGUCCCUUCCUCGCCUUCCUCACCCUCCUCUCCCUCCUCUCCGGGGAGGAAGCGCCGCUGCCUUCCGGAGGCCGGGAACCCGCAGGAGCAAGGGGAGGAGGAGGAGGAUGAGUUGGGAGCCGCCAUCCGCAGCUUGGGCAGCGCCAAAUCCAUCCUGGGCGGCACCAAAUCCAUCCUGGGCGGCACCAAAUCCAUCCUGGCCGGAGCCAACCCCGCCCUCGGGAGCUCCAAACCCGCCCCGCGGGCGGCGCCGCUCCCGGCCCUCAUCCCCGCCCAGGAAUUCCUGGAGCAGGAGGAUUGGCUGGAGGACGACCUGGGAGGGGCCCGGGGGACCCGCAAGAGGCCGCGCCGGGAGCCCCGGGAUGGUCCUGGGAUCAGGAGGAGGAACCGGGAUGGGCCUGGGAGCGGCGGGAUCAGGAGGAGGAACCGGGAUGUGCGGAGGCUCCGAGGGGAGAGGAUCCCCAGGGUCCCCCCGGGGCGAUCCCGGCCCCCCGAGGAGCCCGGGAGUGACCUGGGGCAGGAGGGGGAGGAGGGCGAGGGGAGCAUCCCAGAUCCAGGGGUGGCCCCGGAUCCAGCGGUGCCUCCGGAUCCAGCGGUGCCCCCGAGUCCAGCGGUGCCACCGGCGCCACUGCCCACCCUGCGCGUCCGUGUCCGUGUCCAGGACAACGUUUUCCUGAUCCCGGUGCCCCUGAGCGAGCCGCGGGCGGUGUCGUGGCUGGCGGAUCGCGCUGCCGAGCGGCACUUCCAGGCCUCGGGGACGCUGCCCAAGCUCAUCCUGAAGAAGGAGGGGGCUCUGCUGGCCCCCCAGGACCUGGUGGGCGACGUCCUGCAGAGCAACGAGGAGGUGCUGGCAGAGGUGCAGGGCUGGGACCUGCCCCCGCUCCCCCAGCGGUACCAGAGGGCCUGUGACAGCCUGGGAGUGGCCCCCCACCCGCUGCUGCUGCAGGUGCUGGAGCUGCAGGGCGCGGGCCCCGCUCUGGGGGUGCGGGGUGGGCUGGCCCUGCGUGCCCCGCAGGUGCCGCCCCUGCUGCGGGCGCUGCGGCUGCAGGAGUCGCUGCGGGAGCUGCGGCUUCGCGGCUGCGCCAUCGCCGACCCCGCCGCCCCCGAGCUCUGGGCCACGCUGGCCACCCUGCCCCGCCUGCGCCUGCUCGACCUGGCCGGCAACCGGCUCAGCGCACGCGGCCUCCUCCCGCCCGGCCACGGCACCUUCCAGAGCCUGCAGGAGCUGGACCUGAGCCUGAACCCUCUGGGCAGCAGCGGCUGUGGGGCCGUGGGGCGGCUGCUGCCGUCCUGCCCCGCGCUGGCCACGCUGCUGCUGCGGGGCUGCGGCCUCUGCCACGCCCUCCCGCUGCCAGGCACGUCCCUGCUGCGGGCGCUGUCCCUGUCCUGCAACGCUCUGGGCCCCGCGGCCCUGGGGGGGCUCCUGAGGGGUCUCCCGGCCCCGGGAAUGCAGCGCCUGGAGCUGGGAUCCGUCACCACAUCCCCCUCCCCCGGCAUCGGCAGCAUCGUCCGCUCCUACCUGGAGCAGGACGGCUGUGCCCUGAGUCACCUCACGCUCUCCGGGAACCACCUGGGGGACGAGGACAUUGAGGAGGUGGCCAGGUCCCUCCCGUCGUGCCCAUCCCUGGUUUCCCUGGAUCUCUCGGCCAAUCCCGGGAUCAGCACCGAGGGCCUGCGGACGCUGCUCGGGGCCCUGGAAAAGCGGAGCCGGGGGCUGGAAUUCCUCAGCUUGGCAGGAUGCUCCGUGGGGCCCCUGGACGAGCCCACCUGGACCAGGAGCACGGGGAUGAUCCGGGAUCUGCGGCUCUGCGGGCGCCGCGUCCGGAGCGACCAGAGGCUCUUCUGGAAGGGCCCCUGAGGGCACUGGGAGGGACUGGUUUUAACUGGGGGAUCCCCAUUGGACCCAGCCCCGGCAGGAUCA